AUGGCUCGCCAAGACUACAAUCAAAACUACGAGACUGGGGGGAAUGUCAACUACUCUCCAAGCUCAAACGGAUACUCGGUCAAAUUUUCUGGCGCACAAGAUUUCGUCGUGGGAAAAGGUUGGACCACUGGAUCUGCCCGCAACAUCAAACUUUCUGGCACCCACCAAGCUACUUCAGGAACAAUCCUUCUAGCUGUUUACGGCUGGACGACCAACCCACUUGUUGAGUACUACAUUCAAGAGACCUACACUAGUUACUCCGGUGGAACAUAUAAGGGCACAGUCACAAGUGACGGAUCAAACUACGACAUCUAUCAGCAUCAACAAACCAACCAGCCUUCCAUUCAAGGCACAGCAACAUUCCAACAGUAUAUCUCCAUCCGAAAGAACAAACGAAGCAGCGGCACCGUCACAACUGCGAAUCACUUCAAUGCGUGGGCUAAGCUUGGAAUGAAGUUGGGAUCAUAUAAAUACCAGGUUGUGGCUACAGAAGGAUGGGGUAAUGCCGCGGGGUCUACCAAUAUGCAGGUCAGCUGA